AUGACCCUCUCCUUCACAGUCCUGCUCUGUCUGGGACUGACUUUGGACCAUGGGACACCAGUGCUGGCAGGAACUCUCCCUAAGCCUAUCCUCAGAGUACAGCCAGAUUCUGUGGUCUCUGUCAAGACUACUGUGACCUUCUUGUGUGAGGGGAGCACAGGAGCCAAACAGUACCUUUUGUAUAAAGUUGGGUACAACUAUUUAACACAGAGCAUGAUUCCAGCAAAUCCUACGAACAAGGCUGAAUUCUCAAUCUCACAAAUAGGCCCUUCGGAAGCUGGGCCUUAUAACUGUCAGUAUCAGACCAGUGGUGGAUGGUCAGAGCACAGUGACUCCCUGGAGCUGGUGGUGACAGGGACCCAUGGUAAACCCAGCCUGUCAGCCCAUCCCAGCCCUGUGGUGACUGAAGGAGGGAGUGCCACACUGCAGUGUGUCUCAAAUCAACUAUAUUAUGGCUUCAUUCUAAUUAAGGAAGGACCACAGAAGCAAUCCUGGGCACUGGACUCAAAGUACAACUACUCUACUAGGCAGUUCCAGGCCAUGCUCUCUGUGGGUCCUGUGACCUCUAGCCAAAAGUGGACAUUCAGAUGCUACAGCUUUAAUAACAACAGACCACUGGUAUGGUCAGAACCUAGUGACCCCCUGGAGCUCCUGGUCUCAGGCCUGUCCAUGAAGCCCACCUUGCUGACUCAACAAGGCCACAUCCUGGACCCCGGAAACAGCCUUACCCUUCAGUGUUGCUCUGACAUCAACUAUGACAGAUUCAUUCUGUACAAGGAAGGGGAAAAGAAAUUCACCCUGCACUAUGGCCAGAGGACCCAGGCAGGCCUUACCUUGGCCAACUUCACCCUGGGCUAUGUGAGCAGCUCUAUGGGAGGGCAGUACAGAUGCUAUGGUGCACACAACCUCUCCUCUGAGUGCUCAGCCUCCAGUGAUCCCCUGGACAUCAUGAUCACAGGACAGCUUCCUGCCAGUCCUUUCCUCUCAGUGAAGCCAAACUCAACAGUGCAGUCUGGAGAAAAUGUGGCCCUGCUGUGUCAGUCAACAUACACGACAGACACUUUCAUUCUGUCCAAGGAGGGAGCAGCACAUCAACCCCAGAGAAUGAAAUCCAAGUUCCAAGAUGGGGAGUUCCAGGCAGAGUUCUCCAUGAGUGCUGUGACCUCUGCCCUCUCAGGCACCUACAGGUGCUACAGUUCUCAAGACUCAUCUCCCUACCUGUUAUCACAUGCCAGUGCGCCUGUGGAGCUCUCUGUCUCAGCCACGGCCUCAGAGAACAAGGAUCACAGCGUGGAGAAUCUCAUCAGGAUGGGAAUUGCUGUCCUGGUCCUCAUUGUCCUUGGGAUUCUGGUCUUUGAGGCUUGGUGCAGCCAGAGCCAGGUCUACCAUGCAGCUGAGAAGUAA